UUGUUUCUUUGAAGAUAAUAUCAAAAAGAAGUAGAAACGAAGACAAAUUCUUCUAUACUGUUUCUUUCAGCAGUCUUCUAUACUGUACUUCGACUUCGUGUAUACUAAACAUAAUUGAAGAUUCAACUAUGUUACAUAAGAAACCAUUAUAUCCAUUUAGGUAAUGUCCCCUCUACUUACAAUAUAGACUAUUCAUCAAACUACAAAUUAGAAAUAAGGGGGGCAAAAUAAAGGGGGACAUAUUGCAGAAUAACAUUAAUAUUGAAUAUGCGUCGAGUGAAGGGAAAACGGAAAUAAAUCCUUAUAUUUUAACAUCUGGUCUAUAAUAUUGUCAUAAAGAAUUCUCUGCCGGAAAACUUUGUCAGGACAUACGAGACACGGUUUCAUUCGUAGACACGCAUCCAAUUUCGUACCAAGGGAAAACAUGAAAGAACUACCUAACACAUCGAUCGAUUAUUACAUACUACCGAAUAGAAUCUUCUGUAGUAUGGUUGGAAUGUGGCCUAUCGAAGAGAAAAGUUCGACGUGUAGCAAAAUAUUCGCAUAUAUCCGCUUGAUAUUGGCACUAACAGCAAUCAAUAGUGUUUUUGUGCCCGAAAUUAUGAUGAUAGUAUCGAGUUGGGGCGACAUAACGAUCCUAGCAGGAGUAGGAUGUGUUUUAACCACAGUCGGACAGCUGUUGUUCAAAAUGAUUUACCUAAUAGUGAGAAGAGAAAGAUCAUAUAGACUUUACUAUGAAAUACGAAGUUUAUGGAACACUGCUAACGAUUCAAAGGAAAUGCAGUCUUACGUAGAACUUGUUUAUUGGGCACGAAUUUGUACGAUAGUUUUUUAUUCGUCCUGCAUGUGCAAUGUAAUUACUUUCUCCAUUGCUGGAGUUGUUGAUUAUUUUAGAUUCGAAUACAAUGCAAGCAGUGCAGAUAACAACCGACAUUUACCCUUUGUAGUCUGGUAUGGUACAGAUAUUUCAGCAUCUCCUAAAUUUGAAAUUGCUUUCAUUUGUCAAAUUCUAUCAUCCAUGGUUUGCGCUACUACAAUCUCUGGCUUGGAUGCUUCAUUUAUGACCACGAUUUUGCACGUGUCUGCUCAAUUUAGAUUAAUCAAUACCUGGAUCAGUAAUAUGGGAAUUGAAAUAAAUUGCAACCCAAAUUACACGCGAAAGAUAAAGAUAGAACUAAUGAGAUGCAUUCGCCAUCAUCAACGAAUGAUACAUGUGGUGAAGGAAGUGAAUAAUUUGUUAACACCCAUCAUUUUCAUGCAAAUUCUUACGAGCGGGAUAGAAAUUUGUUUGAGUGGAUAUGCAAUGCUAGAUAGCGGGACAGCAAAAGCCGAUCUAGUGAAAUUUAUAUCUUAUUUCAUUUCCAUGGGGAUACAGCUCUUAUUGUGGUGUUGGCCUGGUGAAAUUCUCGUUCGAGAAAGCCAAGACAUAGGGCAAGUUGUUUAUCUCAAUGUACCGUGGUACGAUUUACCGCCAAUUUAUCAGCAACAUCUUUGCCUUAUGAUUGUUAGGGCGCAACAAUAUUGCAGUAUUUCAACAUUAACUUUCCAAACAUUGUCUAUCCAUACAUUGACAGCUGUGAGUAAUUUAAUCGAAAUAUUGAACUGUGUUGAAUUUAAAGAAUAAUAUUUUUACGUCGACAAAAAUUAAUUCUUACAAG